AUGGCAUGUCUGGGAGCCAUUCGAAAAGCUCACUCAUGGGAUAAAAAGAAAGCCAUGCCGUCUUUCAAAGAUGACUCAGUCGAUAAGGUCAGACACGCCUUAAACGCAGGCCAUCUGGAACUUACCUUUGCCAGCCGUGCUACGUUAACGGCUGGAAACUUAACUACCUUGUCACAUCACCAGUAUGUAUCUAUCAGUGAAGGACCAGACAACCAAUCUGGACAUAUGCCGACCCAGUUGACAAAACAAGUUCCGGUAAACUCUGUGAAACAGAUCAUAAAACUCAUCCAUUCGGGGUAA